AAAUAAUAUCCAGAAAAGAAAGCCAAGCCCACACCAUUAAACUUUGGUUACUGAAGAAUCUAAUCUAUCUCUAGUUUUUCCCUUUUCAUUUUUUUAGAGUUAUAACCCUUUUUAUGUUUCCCUUUCUCUUAUCCAUUUUAGGGCUAUCUUUUCAAUCAAUGGCGGUGCUUGUGCUUCUUCCUUAACAAGGUUUUUGAGAUCUGAAGGGAAAAUCCCUGAAGUUUGAUUCAAUUUGUUGAAAGUGUGGCGAAGGAAGCACAGAUUUUGAUACGGCUGGAAAAUUUUGGAUCGGAAAUAGAGUUGGUUUGCAAAAGCGGACUAAUUAUAGUAAUUAAGCCGUGAAUGACUUAAAUUGACGAUUUAAAUUAAGUACAUUAUUGAACACUUAUUUUUUUGGAUCGGAAAUUGAGUUAGGGUUUUUUGGAAUGGAGGGUGGUGUGGGCAGAUCAGAAAGACGAGGGAGGAAAAGGAGAAGAAAGGAUGUACAAAAUGUGGAGGUUGAUCAGGAUGGGAAGAAAAGGGCUGUUGGAUUGAAACCUAAAGCAUUGGUGGGUAGGUAUGUAAGGAAGGAAUUUGAAGGAAAUGGGUUAUUUUUGGGAAAGGUUAUGUAUUACGAUUCGGGGUUAUAUAGGGUUGAUUAUGACGAUGGAGAUUGUGAAGAUUUGGAUAUCGGCGAAUUGAAGGAGGUUUUGGUUGAAGAUGAUGAGUUGGUUGGUGAAUGGUUGGACAGGAAGAAAAAGUUAAAUGAAAUGGUAGAGGUAAAAGAUGAGCCGAUAAGUUCUGUAGCUGAUAAGAUUGAAGAAGUGCCAGUUUCGUGUGAUUUGGGGAAUGAUUGUACUGUUAAACUUGAGAAAACGGAAGUAGAUUUUGAUGCUAAUUCACUGAGUGAUUUGUCUGAAGAUGAUGAGGACCAGGAUUUAUGUUUAGAGGUGGAAAAGCCGCCGCUUGUUCCUGCACCUGAACUGCCUCCAUCUUCGGGCAAUAUUGGGAUUCCGGAGGAGUAUGUAUCGUACCUUUUGUCCAUUUAUAGCUUUUUACGGACGUUUAGUACACCAUUGUUUUUGAGUCCCUUUGGACUUGAUGACUUUGUGGGUGCACUCAACUGUUCCGUUCCAAACACGUUGUUGGACUCUGUUCAUGUUGCUCUUAUGCGCGUUUUGUGGCGUCACCUCGAUAACCUGUCAUCUGAUGGUUCCGAGAUUGCAUCAAAAUGCCUAAGGAACGUUGAUUGGAGCUUGCUUGAUACAAUGACUUGGCCUGCUUAUCUAGUUCAUUAUUUAACGGGAAUGGGAUACACAGAUGAACAUGAUUGGAAAGAUUUUUAUCCCCAUACUUUGGAGAAGGAAUACUACUCAUUAUCUGCUGGCAGGAAACUCGUCGUUCUGCAGAUCUUGUGCGACAGUGUCCUAGAUUCUGAAGAGCUAAGAGCAGAAAUUGACAUGCGCGAAGAAUCAGAGGUAGGAAUUGAUUCAGAUGGGUGUACAGUUUUUGCCCCUGUAAUUGGACCACGCAGAGUGCAUCCACGGUACUCUAAAACUUCUGCCUGCAAGGACCAAGAGGCCAUCAAGCUUAGUAAAGAAAACAGUGAAACAAAUAUCUCUUUGAAUACUAAUUCUUUGGGUUCCAAAGUCAGUGGACAAGAUUCUAUUCACGGUGUUGAUCAAGAUGGUAAUGGUGAUGAGUGCCGUCUCUGCGGUAUGGAUGGAACUUUACUUUGCUGUGAUGGCUGUCCAUCAUCUUAUCAUGGUAGGUGCAUUGGUGUUUGCAAGAUGUAUAUACCAGAAGGAGCAUGGUAUUGCCCUGAGUGCACAAUCAAUGAGCUUGAGCCCAAAAUUACCAGGGGAACAACUCUGAAAGGAUCAGAAGUGUUUGGUGUUGAUCCCUACGGACAAGUCUUUAUGGGUACUUGCAAUCAUCUGCUUGUGUUGAAGGCUUUGGCUGGCUCAGACUCGAAUGUCAGAUACUACUAUGACAAAGACAUAACCAAGGUCCUGCAAGCACUCAGUGCCAAUGUGCAGCAUUAUGCCUUAUAUUUGGAAAUAUGCAAAGGAAUUAUUCAGUACUGGGAACUUCCAGUCAAUUUCAUAUUCCCUAAUGGUGAACUUUCUGAAAUUAGGAGGCAAGGAGAAGGCACAACAGGUGGUUCCCUUGUGCCAUCCCUUAAUUCAUCGGUUACGGAAAGUCUUGGAGAAGAGAAUACUGCAAGUUGUGUCACUGCAUUUGGUCAAGGAAAUGCUCUUCUAGGCAACUUAUCAAUGGAACAUAUGCAGAAUGCGAAAUUAGGUGCAGUUUCCCGAUCUGAUGGUCUUUGUCUGGCAAAUAUUGAUUCUAUAGCAAGACAGAGUACCGCACCCACAGACUCGUUGCCACCUGAACAAAUUCAAGUGAAACCCAUUGUAUGUACUGGUUCAGUUGACCAGCAACUUAUUCCUUCUGAGUGGACUGAACAAAAUGGUCCAAAUUUUGUAAAGACUGCUAUACGUACCUCAAGCCACAUUAACUACUUGGAACAAACUAGUGGUAAUUAUGCUGGUGUCACGGUGUCUUAUGGAAGAGGUUGCUUAUACAUGGGUUCAUCUUUCAAACCUCAAGGAUAUAUAAAUAGUUAUCUGCAUGGAGAUUUUGCUGCAUCUGCUGCUGCUAGUCUAGCUGUCCUUUCUUCUGAAGAAAACCAGGGUUCUGAGACUCGUGUUUCAGACACUAAGCGUAAACAUAUGUCUGCAAGUUUCCUACUUCAAGCUAAAGCUUUCUCAUCAGUAGCAAUGCGUUUUUUCUGGCCGAAUACGGAAAAGAAACUCGUGGAGGUACCAAGGGAAAGAUGUAGUUGGUGUCUUAGUUGUAAAGCCCCUGUGACUAGUAAGAGAGGAUGCUUGUUGAAUGCUGCAGCAUCAAAUGCCAUUAAGGGGGCUGUGAAGAUACUUAGUGGCCUACGUCCUGCAAAGGGUGGUGAGGGAAGUCUUCCCGGUAUUGCCACAUAUAUUGUGUUGAUGGAGGAGAGCUUAACUGGUCUGAUAGACGGCCCUUUUCAGAGUGAAGCUUUUAGAAAGCAAUGGCGUAAACAGGCAGAACAAGCUACUAGUUGCAGUGGGAUAAAGUCUCUUUUGCUCGAACUUGAGGAGAAUAUCCGCCUAGUUGCAUUUUCUGUGGAUUGGACGAAGCUUAUUGACGGUGGGUCAUCUGAGUCUUCCAUCACUCCUUCAGCUGCUGGAUCAACUCAGAAGCGUAAACCAGGGAGACGUGGUAGGAAACCAAUGGCUAUUGUUGAAGCCACUGCUGAUGAGUCCCAGGAUAUACUGACUGACUUCACUUGGUGGAGAGGUGGCUUGAUUUCUAAGUUUAUAUUCCAGAAAGGGACUCUACCCCGAAGGAUGGUGAAGAAAGCUGCACGUCAAGGUGGUGUAAGAAAGAUACCCGGUAUUUAUUAUGCUGAAGGGCCUGAGACUGCCAAAAGAAAUAGGCAGCUUGUUUGGCGGGCUGCAGUUGAUAUGUGUAAGACAACAUCACAGCUUGCGCUUCAGGUGAGGUACCUAGACAUGCAUGUGAGAUGGAGUGACCUUGUUCGUCCCGAACAGAGUGUCCAAGAUGGAAAAGGUCCAGAAACAGAAGCUUCAUCUUUCAGAAAUGCUAACAUACGCGACAAAAGAGUUGUUGAAGAUGAGAUUAGGUAUGGUGUUGUUUUUGGGAAUCAGAAGCAUCUCCCAUCUCGUGUGAUGAAGAGUGUAGUAGACGUAGAGAAAACACAGGAUGGAAAGGAAAAAUAUUGGUUUUCUGAGUUGCGGAUUCCUUUGUAUCUUAUCAAAGAGUAUGAAGAAAAAAUGGGAAAAGAUCUGCCUUCAGCAAACAAAUCCACAAGGGCAUUUACACAGAAUAAACCCUUGAGGGCUCCUUGUAUGGAUAUCUUCUCUUAUCUAGUACAGAAGAGAGAUGGCAAUGAUAAGUAUUGUUGUGCUUCAUGUCAAGCGGAUGUGCCAUUCAGGUAUGCGGUCAAGUGCAAUACAUGCCAAGGGUUCUGUCACGAGCACUGUACAGUUAAUUCAACAGUUGAUACUACAAACACUUGCAAACAGUGUAACCAAAAUAGAGCCCUUUCUCAAGCUAAAUGCAGUGAUGAAUCUCCAACAAGUCCUUUACUCCUGCAAGGACAAUACUUUCCAAAGUCAAUAUCAGCCAACAAAGGAGUAAAUGUUGGUAAUUUUAGUCGUCCACCAGCGUCCAUUGCCUCUUUGAAGCAUUCUUCUGUGAAGAAGCAUGGUAAUUCUUCAAACUCCACAGCAAAGACAAAGCGUAACUUAGGUGUCAUUUGGAGAAAGAAGAAUGAGGAGACUAGUGCGGAUUUUAGAUUAAGAAACAUACUACUGAGGGGCAAUCCAGACGGGUAUUCUUUCAUACCUACUUGCCACCUUUGUCGCAAGCCAUACGAUCCUGAUUUGAUGUACAUCCGUUGUGAAACCUGUUCAAAUUGGUUUCAUGCUGAUGCUGUUGGACUUGAAGAGUCAAAAGUUUAUGAAGUGAUGGGGUUCAAAUGUUCUAGAUGCCGUAGGACUAGAAUACCUAUCUGUCCUUAUUUGGAUCCAGAAAGCAAAAAACAGUUAGAAGAAAAGAGAACGCGCUCAAGGGCUACAAAGAUAGAUAAUCCAGGAAUGGAGUUUGGUUCUGGGAUGAUUUCUGAGCUGCAUAUGGAUAACGAGAUGUCUACUCAAGUGGUGCCUUCAAACGAGGACAACAUAUAUGUAGAAGAUGAUAACAACAUAUAUGUAGAAGAUGAUUACAACAUAUAUGUAGAAGAUGAUAAUUCUCUUCCUUUUUCUACUUCAGAAGAAUUCAGUGAGCAAUUUCCAGAUGCUGAUUGUGAAUGGAAUUCCGCAACCAUGUCUGUGCUGGGCCCUAAAAAAUUGCCUGUAAGAAGGCAUGUAAAGAAUGAGAAUGAUAUGGAUUCUUCUUUUGCAAGCAAUCCUUCCCAUGCUGAUUUUUUUGGAGGAAACAUAAUGAUUUCCGCAGAAGAUAUACCAGCUAAUGCUGAACGGGGUGGUAAACUGCCAGUAAGAAGAAACGGAGGAAUAGAGAAGGAUGCAGAUACUCCUUUUGCCAACAACCCUACAAAUGUUGAAUUAUCCACGCCUCUUGAGGUUGAAUGGGAUACUUCAAGAAAUGGUUUUGAGGAAGGCAUGAUGUUUGAAUUUGAUGAUAUGGAGUUUGAACCUCAGACCUAUUUCUCUUUCAACGAAUUGCUUGCAUCUGAUGAUUGUGGCCCUCCUAUUGAUGGAUCUGCUAAUUUAACGGAAAACGUUGACUCAUCAUUGGGGUUUCCAUCUGAUGGACUUUCUGAUAUGUCUUACUUUCAGCACGAGCAUGCACUUAGCAUAGAUUCUGCUGCUGUCACUGUCCCUUGUAAAAUGUGUUCCCAUUCUGAACCAUGCCCUGAUCUUUGUUGUCAAAUGUGUGGCAUAUGGAUCCAUAGUCAUUGUUCACCUUGGGUUGAAGAGUCGUUUGGGGAAGCCGGUUGGUGGUGUGGCAGCUGUAGGGAAUGGAGAUAGUUGAUGCUAAUAGUAUUUUGUGAUGUUAACUGAUUGAAGCCAGAGGCGCAUCAGACUGAGUGAAUUUGAGGAUUUUUACCUUACUGAUGCAGUUUCCUGUGCAGACUAUUUGCUAAUACAAUGUGCUAUUGCUGCUUUUGUUGCAAAUAGAGAAGGAAAUUGAAGCUGCCAGCAUGUACUUUUUCUGCUAAGCAGCUGUGAGAGCACCGAAGGGCUGCUGCAAUUUCGCGACCUGGCAAAUUUCUCUCGUGCUAUCUGUGAGCUCUCAUCAUUCUGCAAGUCUCGUAUUUCUUUCGAAUGAUUAUUAGAUGGAUGAUAGGAAAACAGUCAAGUGCAAUAUACAUGUAGAAAAAUGAUUUAGUAGGGAGGUUGUGGUAUUUGCUCCAACCUUGGCAGAUGAGCAACUCUUUUUUGUUGGCGCUUAUCUGAUAUUUUUGAUUUGUAUAAAGAGGCCGUUAGUUAGAAA